AUGAAGGGUUUAACAACGGCAGUAAUCCAAACGAUACGAUCGUCCAUCCUGCUCACGUUGGUGAUCUUCGUGGUGCAACUUUGCGCCGGUCCAGUGACGGUUAUGUACGAACGAGUGGAACAGUUGGAAGGUUUCGAUGUGGUGGACGGCCGUAAAAUGCGUAUUGGGAAGUACAAUCGAACAGUUUCCGUGCUGAAUGGAACGUUUGAUCUCCGCGAGCUGAAUGACGACUAUUCCUUUACCGUCGAGCUAGCGUACAGUACGCUAGGUAAUAAUCAGUUCAUACGUUCGUCCUUCCGUUUGCCGUUGCAAAAGAUGUGCCAGUUUCUAAACACCACCUAUCGGGAUUAUCGGGAGUUUUAUCGAAAUAUGACCAACUUUCCCGAUGCGGGCGUAUGUCCGGUAGAGCCCAAACAGUACUAUAUCAAGAACAAGGUGCUGGAUGCAAAGAUAUUCAACGAUUACUUCCAAGCAGGCUUGUGGAAAAUCAGCUUACUCUUGUACGAAAAAAGCAAUCUUGAUUUGUCCAUCGUUGUGGCCGAGUUACUGUUCCAAGUGUCACGUGAAGGAUUGUUUUAG